AUGUCAACUACUACCGACCACUUUCCCUUCCUACAACUACCUGGCGAACUGCGCAACCAGAUCUACCGCGAAGUACUCCGUCUGAAGGAGCCUACCAAUGAGUUUCUAUCGUCCUCUCUGCUCCGGACGCCAAACUCAUCCACCAAGGGAACGUUCACCACAGCAUGGACGCUCUCUCAACAUCGCAUGGUAGUAGUAGUCCUAUGCGAUCUCGCAGCCUACGCUCAAGUCUUCUACCCCGCCCCGAAAGCGGCGAAGCUCGGCUCUACCCAACAUGUACAGCUGGACACGACAUUCGUAUCCACAAAACAUCACGCACUGCUCGCAGUCGAAGGCCUCGACGCGCGCUUCCUAGAUCAAGGCAUCGCGCUCCUCCCCUUACUUCACGCACUGGACUACACCCACGGCGUGGAGCUGGACUUCGGUCCAUGGGCCUCGUAUGAAAGGGAGCUCGACAUCGUGCACCUGCUGCACAACAGCUGGGCCACAUGGCGCGCGGACAUCACCACGCUCGGUAUCCUCGACAUGCACCUGCGCACCGCGUACAGUGCGGGCGAUUCGUAUAUUCUCUUCAAACAUCACCCCCGCAGCAGCAACAGCAUCAGCCUCACCCUGCGCUGCACGCCCACCGCGCACACGAGCGAGAAGAAACGCGUGCGGGAUCUCUGCGCCUGGGUGUGGAAGUCUGGCCUUGCGCGGACAUGCGAGCGAGAUGGUGUUUUCGGUUUUCAAGCAUAG